UAUGAAGAUCAUCUCUAAAGCCUGGAGGAGCUACAAGAACAAAUUUAUUGUUUUGUCGUGCAGGCUUUUAAAGUGUUGGAAGAAGAAAGAGAACCCUUUUGACAAGUAUGCGGACUUGACCAAAGAAGCCUGGGACGAGCUUGUUGAAAAGUGGAAUACUCCCGAGUUCCAACAUUCAAGUGAGUAUUUUCGGGGUCUCCGAGCGCGGAACGAGCUUGACCACCACCUUGGCUCAGCGGGAUAUGCUGGAAAGCAACGCAAGUGGGAGCAGGAGGAUGAGAUGCUGGCAGAGAGGGGCAUUGAGAAUCCCUAUGAAUCGUUUGAGGGACGGCUGGCACCAUUUAUGCGUGCUAGGUCAAAGCUCACGGAGGAUGGCAAUAUCAAUUUCUACAGCACGAGCGCUGAGGAAGUUGCUCAAAGGGCUUUGAUAGAGAGUAGCCAAGGUUCAAAUGAAGGAGUUGACAUAGAUGAGAUCAAAAAGCAGGUGAAGAUGGAGAUGUAUGGAGAGCUAAAGACUGAUAUCGAGUCUCAGGUGACGGUGAAGAUGUUUGGAAAGCUAAAGACCAUCUUCGAGUCUCAGGGAUUAUAG